UUUAUUGUUUUUCAGUGAUGGCGGAGCACACAGAUACAGAAAGCAUUGGCCUUGCCGCUAACAGCAUGGCUCAGCAGCCAGCACUACGGUUCCCAACCGCUGCUCCUCCUCCUGCUAACCCCGCCUCCCGCAGACAACCGUUACUGAGCACCCCCGUGCCUCCUUUUGCCAUGAUGAGGGGUCCUCCACCCCCAGCCCAACCUCCCUUUGGACGAAUUCCUUUUGAUCCCAGUGUUCCCCCACCCAUGGGUGCCCCACCUUUACAGAGAGCACCAUUCAUGCCCCCGCCAGGAGCAUCCAUGCCACCUCCGCCUGGCAUGAUUUUCCCACCAGGAAUUCCUCCUGCAGCCUCUCCUGCUCCACCUUCCCUGACCUCGACAGAGGAGAUCUGGGUGGAGAACAAGAGUCCAGAAGGAAAGGUGUAUUAUUAUAACGCACGUACACGGGAGUCAGCCUGGACGAAGCCUGAAGGUGUGAAGGUGAUCCAGCAGGCCGAGCUGGGUCCGCUAAUGCUGAGUCAGGUGGCUGCAGCCGCAGCUGGCGCUGCUAACACCGGGCCCGGCCCAUCUCCCGGCAUCCCAGCUUCUCUCAGCAGCACCACAACCUCGCAUAGCUCUCACACCCCCAUAAGCUCCGCCCCUUCCCCCAGCAUCACUGCAGCCUUGCCCCUCCUCCCGACACCUGGAUCAGUCCCAGAGGUCGUGGAAAUGUCGGCUGUUGUGACCACAACCCCCACUGCCCUGCCAGCCCAAUUAGCAGCUGUCAAUCCCCCAACGGUUACGGUCGCCAUGACGACAGGACCGCCGCCCCUGCCUAUGGCAUUGCCCCACACUGUGCCACAGCAAGCAGCUCCAAUGCCGGGAUUCCCUCCUGUCAUGGUGCCCCCCUUCAGAGUGCCUUUGCCCGGCAUGCCUAUUCCACUUCCCGGUGUAGCAAUGAUGCAGAUAGUAAGCUGUCCCUAUGUAAAGACUAUCUCUCCUACCAAAAACGGUAUGCUCCCUGGCAUGGCACCACCCUUAGUUCCCAUGAUGCCCCCUCAUAUGGCGAUGGCAGCCAGACCCUCAGGAUUGCCUGGAGGUAUGGGUACAUCGGACUGGGUUGAGUUCAGAACGCCGGAGGGAAAGUUCUACUAUUUUAACAGACACACGCAGGAGACCACCUGGGACAAACCUGAGGAGCUCAAAAAGACAGACGUUCAUCUCCAUGUUUCCGUAACAGAAAAAGAAAGUGAGAAGAUCAAGAACCUAACUGUGGAUAUGAUCGAGGCUGAACUCAUGGACAUGGAGGAUGGAAGCUCAAAAAUCGACCCUCCAAAAGAACAAAGAGAGGAGCUGAAAGAGGUCGAGAUGACAGAUCAACAGAAAGCAGCGGUAAAAGCAAAACCUGUGGCUACAACACCCAUCCCUGGCACACCAUGGUGUGUGGUGUGGACAGGCGACGAGCGGGUCUUUUACUAUAACCCCACCUCACGUCUGUCCAUGUGGGAGCGGCCGGAGGAGCUGGUGGGUCGUGCCGAUGUCGAUAAAGCCAUUCAGGAACCACCACACAAAAGAGGCCUGGACAACAGCCACAAACCGGUGCUGGCUAAGGAGGAGCCUGAAUCAACUUUAGCUGAAGACAUAAUAGAUGAUGAACCCAGCAAGACCAAGAGAAGAAAAAUAGAGGAGAAGGAUGUUGACACAGAGAAGGAGGCGGCGAUGGAGGCGGAGCUAAAGGCAGCACGAGAGAGAGCCGUGGUUCCUCAGGAGGCCCGGAUGAAUCAGUUUAAAGACAUGCUGCUUGAACGAGGGGUAUCGGCGUUCUCUACCUGGGAAAAGGAGCUCCAUAAGAUUGUUUUUGAUCCUCGAUAUCUGCUGCUGAAUCCCAAAGAGAGGAAACAGGUGUUUGAUCAGUAUGUGAAGACUCGUGCUGAGGAGGAACGAAAGGAGAAGAAGAAUAAAAUCAUGCAGGUGAAAGACGACUUCAGGAAAAUGAUGGAGGAAGCUAAACUCAGCGCCAGAACAACAUUUAGUGAGUUUGCUUCCAAACACGCAAGGGAUUCACGCUUUAAGGGAGUCGAGAAGAUGAAAGACAGAGAAGCCAUUUUUAUCGAGUUUAUGACGACCCUCAGAAAGAAGGAAAAGGAGAACUCAAAGAACCGGGGAGACAAGGUCAAGCAGGACUUCUAUGAACUUCUGUCAGAUUAUCAUGUGGAUGGUCAGCAGCGCUGGAGCAAAGUAAAGGAAAAGAUGGAAACCGACCCUCGCUAUAAAGCUGUGGAGACUUCAGCAGUCCGAGAGGAGCUCUUCAAGAACUACGUAGAGCGGCUUGCGAAGAACCCAAACUCGGAGAAAGAGAAGGAACUGGAGAAGCAGGCCCGGAUCGAGGCCAGCCUGAGGGAGAGAGAGCGGGCGGUGCAGAGGUUUCGCUCAGAACAGACCAAAGAGAUCGAUCGGGAGCGAGAGCAGCACAAGAGAGAGGAGGCCAUCCAGCAUUUUAAAGCACUCUUGUCUGAUAUGGUGAAAUCAUCAGACGCCAACUGGUCGGAGACGCGUCGGGUCCUGAGGAAGGACCAUCGCUGGGAGUCUUCCUCUCUCUUAGAGCGAGAUGAAAAAGAGAGGCUCUUCAAUGAGCACAUCGAGGCUCUCGCCAAAAAGAAAAAGGAGCAUUUUCGCCAACUUUUGGACGAGACGACAUCGAUCUCCUUAAUGUCGACAUGGAAAGAAGUGAAGAAGCUCAUUAAAGAAGAUCCAAGAUGCAUUAAGUUCUCCGGCAGUGACAGGAAACGCCAGAGAGAGUUUGAUGACUAUAUCAAAGACAAGUAUAUCACGGCCAAAGCAGACUUCAGAACACUGCUGAAGGAGACCAGGUUUAUCACCUACAAAUCACGUAAGUUGAUGCAGGAGUCAGAUCAGCACUUGUCGGACAUUGAGAAGAUCCUGCAGAAGGAUAAAAGGUAUCUGAUUCUGGAGUGCGUGCCAGAAGAAAGGCACAAACUCAUGAUGUCAUAUGUGGAAGAGCUGGACCGCAGGGGACCGCCUCCCCCUCCCACCGCCUUUGAACCUGCCCGACGCUCCACCAAGUGAUAACGUGCGCACUCCUCCCAGAUCAUUUCUUCAUUCCUCUGCACCCCCCAAAUCCACAAAUCACAUUAUGGACUCCCAGAAACCGCAGGAUUGAUCGCUACAGUCCAGAAGGACUCUAGAGCAAGCAGGGCUGUAUACCUCAGAGCGAUGGUUUGGAUGGGAUAAACUGAUCCUGAAAUCACUACUUAGACUUGUUUCGUUCACUAUUCAUACACUCCUGGCCCAGAUGACAUCCGUUUCAUCUGUAACACACCUAACUCAGACAUGUGGAAUAACCAAACAUGGUGAACAUAAGAUACCAAGUAAGUAUUUUUUUUAUCAACUUGAAAGGUUUGUGGCCACAGAGUAUUAAGAACACAUUUCAUCCGUCCAGUCGGAAGGGUUGGGCAGCAUUAGAUGAUGGAAGAGCCUGGUGAUGUCCUGAAAGGUCUGACCUCCCGUUUGUUUUCCCUCCUGUCAGCCUGGUCCUCACCUGACAGUGUUUUUGUUUACCCAUCACAAGAUCUAUUUCCUGUUUUUAGAAACUGUGAUUUGUUGAAAUUGGGGGAUCCUCCCGGUUUCUUGAAGAUUUAUUUGGUCACCCACAGGGAGGAUGAAAGAAGGAUGAAAGCCUCUCUGUGCAUUUGUUAUUUUAACGGAUUGUACAAUGUUUCUAGAUGCUGAAUAUGUACGGAUGUAUUCAUUAGCUUGUUUACAAUGUGUUACGACCGCACUGGCAGGGGACCAUGUCACCUGGCCAGACAGUUUAAUUUAACUGUUCAGAUGUUUCUUAAAAAAAAUCGUGUUUUUUGGACUUGCUUUAUGUACAGCUGAACUUGAAUAAAAGCAACCCAUUUUUUA